AUGGAAAAAUUACUUAUUGCAAUCAUAUGGCCAACUGUAAUUGUUGUCACAAUACUUGUUAUACUGGUAAAAUGCAUUUCAAAGAGAAGCAAGAAUAUUGUAGUGGUUGCCCAAAACUUGGAGUCACCUACACUAAAUGGUCUCUACAAAUUCACAAUUGUUGAGAUUGAGAAUGCUAUAAAUAACAUUGGGAAGAUUAAUGUCAGAAGUACAAGAAAGUUGAUAGGGAAUGGAAGCAGAGGAGAGUUAUAUCAAGGGAUUUUACCAAGUGGACAAGCUGUGGCUAUUAAAGAAAUGCACAAAAGAGAAGAUGCAAUGGAAUCUUUCAUUAGUGAAGUUGAAUGUCUCUCAAGAGCUAGGCAUCCAAGCAUUGUGUGUCUCUUGGGUUUUUGUAAUGAAGAUGGGAAACAGUUUUUGGUUUAUGAAAAUUAUUCUGCUGGAAAUCUAGCUCAAUAUUUUCUCAGUGAGUUUCUCUACUUCAACUUUUCUCUUCAUGUUUAUAUAUUAGACACGAAGGAGAGCCUUGGAACAACGUUUUGUCUCCGUACUCUUAGCAGCAUACUUUUGAGUGAGACAUUGGAACCAAAGCUAUGUGGAUUUGGGCAGGCAAAGAUGCUAGGAAUGGAAGAAAGCCAAGUAUUUGAAGAUGUUGUGGAAAAUGGAGUGUACACAGAUCCUGAAUACAAGAAGAGUGGGUUACUCACUUGUUCAACUGACAUUUAUAGCUUUGGACUUGUCAUGCUGCAAGUCCUAUCUGGUCCAAGAAUUGCUCACUUUGGUCAAGAUGACAGAAACAUAUUAUUAACAAAGGCAAAGGAUGUGAAUACAGGAAAGCUUCCAAUCUCAGAGUUUGAAGAUCCAUGGCUGAAAGGGAAACAAAUAAAUCACGAGGCAUUGAAAUCCAUUUUGCAAAUUGCACUACUUUGUGUGGCUGAAACAAGCAAAGAACGCCCAACAAUAGAACAAGUUUCUGAGGAACUGAACAAGGCUUGGAGCCUCAGCAAUAUUGCUCGCCCUAUUAAUAUUCCUCCUAUGUAG